AUUAAAGUAGAUGUCACACGUCCAGAUUUGAUGGAUGACCCUAUGUGGUCCUAUGUGAGCCUAUGUGACCGCUAUGUGAACCUAAGGGGUUGCCUGUCAGGGCAUUCUGAUGGUUAGGUGGGGGUCUUUGGGUAAGGGUCCAGUUGUCAGGUCAACCGGUAAUGAUUUAUGACCCCAGCCUGAUUUAUGACCCUAUGUAAUGAUUUAUGACCCUAUGUCCUGUUGUAGCAGGCCUGCCCAUAUUUGGGCUUCCGGUCAGGACAUCCUGGCCGGGGUGGGGGUCUUUGGGGUAAGUGUCAAGUUGUCAAUGUCGUAAAUCAGAAAAAGAUCAUGAUUUAUGAACCUAUGUAGUGAUUGAUGCCCCAAUGGUUUGUAGAAGGGGGGCAUGCCCAUAUUUGGGCUUCCGGUCAGGACAUUCUGAUGGUUAGAGGGGGGCUUUUGGGUGGUAAGUGACCAGGUGUCAUGUCAAACUGUUCCUGGAUGUCUAGUGUUGGGGGGUUGUUAAUGAACAUUUCAAAGAGGCUGGCUUUGCAGAAGCCUUAUAAAGCCCCAAAACAAUGCAUGUUUAAGAUUGUACAAGAUAAACCCCCUGAAUAUUAAACAAAAAUGACACAUAUGUCAAUUUAUGGUAUGUUAUGCUCGGCUUGUCAUGAACCCAGUGAACAAAGCAUUGAGGAAGUUCUGUGUGAAGCUCCAGAAUGUUUUAAAGGAUUUUUGGGUACGAGUGAGGGCCCUAUGUCUUACAUAUUCCAGCCGGAGGAUUCUACGGUAAAGAUCUUCAACGCCUGUGGCCCCAAACCCGUUUAUCAGGCAAAACCUGGGAGUUUUUCUCCUGCUCUGGGCAUGAGAGAAUGGCUAAACAUCCGGAUGGCUCUUUGUAAAAUUGAACAGGUCCUGAGUGGCACAGCUGUGCCAGGCUAUGCGUUGGAAGAACAGGUCUUCGGACGCAGUGAUCUCAAGGCUCUAAGAAUUGCUUCAAUGGACUAUAACCCGGACAACAAAGUGACAAUUUUAGCCUGUCAAGUUUAUGAUGCGGGUAAUGCUACAAAGUCUGUCAAUUCUCCAGUAGCAUCCAGAGCAUGCAAAGAUGUCAACUUUUUUAUUCCUGUGUUUAGUUUUAAAUGGGUUGAUUAUCCAAUUUUCAUAACACUUAUGAAUAAGCUGGACAUUCUCUUCAAAAAUCGCGAACAGUUAAGACGCUGGCCUCGACUUUUCUUGAGACAUAGCCAGGACCAAAAGGCCCGACGUAGGAUUUACCCCUGGAGUGAAAACUUAGCAAGUGUUGAUGAGCCUGGCAAGAGAUCCCGGCAUUUUGAUGACCAACUGGACACUGACAAUGGGGGGUGGUUGCAUCAGAUCCCUGGAUCUGUAAGAAAGGCUUUGUAAAAUACCUUAAGAAUGUAAGGCUAUAAAAUGUAUGUACUAAAUAUUUUGAAUGAAAUAAAAUGGUUUUUAAAAACAGAAUCUCACCACGUUAUGAACUCUCGCGUUUGUUCACGCUUAGCGCAGUCUGUCCCUGAGAAAAAAAACUUGCGCAAUGUGCGCGCGUAUGGGCGUGCUUGUGCUGUAGUGGCUGUGUGUGUGUGUGUGUGGGUGUGUGUGUGUUUCAAAAACAGAAAAAGGGGGGCGAGGUGUUUGUUAAAAAAAUACCCUUGCAUCUGCGCUCAAGGCUCUCUCUCUAUGCAUGGGGGGGUCGUUUGAAACCAGGGUUUACACUAUCAGGCCAAACAGAUGUCUAAAAGUCAUUCAGCCCAGUGCUGUCGAGACCUCCCCAGCCCCAGCAUCUAGAUGCUAGCCCCCGGAGAUUUUAGAAUAUCAAAAGAUACCUAAUGUUUAGACGCCACCCAAUACCCUAUGUUUGAACCAAAUGGCUGGUGUUUGAACCACAUGCCUUAGGUUUCAAAGAUAACUUUUUAGGCUGUUUUAGCGCGAAAAAUACGACACCACUAGAGUCCGACGGCUACAAAAGCUAAGCAAAACAGGUCCCCCCUGUUAGCAUCGUUUUCGCGCAUUUACCCUACAGCAUUCCUCCAGGAAUAGUUAUCGGACGGACCCCUUUAAAAAAGAUCUGGUAAAUACCCUCCUGAUGGAUAUUUCUCAAGGUUAGUUCUUGAAAUAAAUAUUUACAUAUGCUAUAUAUUAGAUUUGUUUGUUCUUGGGAAUUGUUUGAAAACGUUGUAUGUUAUAGAAAUAUUAAACAGGUCUUAGGGCCCGGAUUCUUAACGUAUAAAAUGUCAAUAUUAGCUAAAAUGAUUAGAGCUUUAAUAUUAUCUAAUGUUUUUUUUAGAUUCUCAAACCUUCACUCAGAUUCUCCGAGAUAUAACUGAACUCGAACCGGUCGUAGGGUCUCCGGAACAAAUUGUUUACAUCCCAACGCCGACCCUGAAUUGUACGGAAAUACCUCCUAGAACGGGUGCCAUAGGGAGUCUACACGGUUUCUGUGAAGGAUAUGCCUACGAGACAAUUGUGCCCUACUCCCAGGAUGUAUUUACACAGAAGCCGCAAACAGAGACUUUAAACGGCCUGUCAACUCCCCUGACCCAGGACCGCUGGACGCCCCCUAUUAAACACCAACGGACAAUCAGGGCCCAGAUCCACAGGUCCGCUUCACCCGAACAAUACUACUGGGAGGGUAUUCACGAGACAGCGUUACAAGGACAAGGCUCACAAGCUACAGACCAGGCAGAUGCUAUAAUUAGGGUUGCCCAAAGACAUGUUCCCGAGUUCUCAGAGCUUCUUCAGAACAGCCCUCUUCAAAAAAGCCGAGGUAUUUAAUUAAUGUAUUGUUAAUAUAUAGGCUUAUAUCUGAAAUGUAUUUUACAUUUUUAUCAAACAUAUUUUAGGGUUAAUAACCUAUUUUUCUGUAUGUAUUAUUUUUAAUGCAGACUCCUCGCCUGCUUAUAAAGACCUCCAAGAAGCUACACAUCUAGAUCCCGAGGAGGCGCCAAAGACCCCAGUCACCAGAACAGCGAAGCCUGAUGAUUUCAAAGUUUUAAAUGACAUUUCUGAGGUAGACGAUUUGAUGUUCUGUGAAGUGGCCAACCUUAUUGAAGCGGCCAAUUCUGGUGCGGCAAAAGCCUCUUGUGAAAUAGACCAAGCCGUGCUUUUCAAGGCUUUUACACAGGGUUUAAAAUCACGAAAGGCUUUACUUCAACGUCGUAUGGGUAUUCUAUUCGAACAUCAAUACAAUCAGGAUGUGUCAUUCUGGCGUAGAGAGCUUCCCCGCAUGUUAAACAACAGUAGGGUUAAAACAAGCAAAUACCUCCGUUAAAAAACACAUAUGUAAAAAAAACACAAGCACACACAUCCUUAAGUAGAGAAAUGGCGCCCCCUAUAGACCUAAGCGAGACAAUUGAAACCCUCUUAGCGGAAAUCCCUACAGAGCUCCAAGAUAUAAUUAACCAUAUGAAUGAUUCUGGGCUAAUUGACAUAGGGGCUAUAGAUGAAAACCUAUUAUCCCAGAUUCCCUCCGAACUCAUUGAAAUUAUUACACGUAUGAAUGAGUCAGGGUCUGCAGAUGAAAACAGGUUAUCACAGAUACCCGAAUCAAUCAUAUCUUUAAUUACCCAGAUGAACGAGAGCCCAAGGUUUAAUUCUGCACCCCCUACACCUCUAAGCCAUCCUUUAACACCCUUGUUCGAAGAGGAAACCCAAUACGAUGUUUUUGAACAGCUGAACAAAUGUCUAUCAAAUCUGGAUCGGGAAGGUCUUGAUCACAAUGUACAGAACGAAAGCCCUAGGUUUAAUUCUGCACCACCUACACCUCUAAGCCAGCCUUUAACACCCAUGUCUGAAGAGUCUGAAACCCAAUACGAUGUUUUUGAACAGUUGGACGAUUGUCUAGCAAAUCAGGAUGGGGAUGGUCUUGAUCGCAGUGAACAUGUUUUGUAUCGAAAUAAAUUCCACAAUAUUGAGGUUCGACAGUUUUUCAAUUUCGCAUGGGGGGGUCAGAUUCGGGAAUAUGCUGUGUUUUACGUAAUGCUUAUGGACACUUUGAAUGAACUGGUAGAUAGAGUUAGAGCUUAUAGCCAACCAAGGGAUACCUUACAGUUGGAAAUUUUAGGAGACAGUCUGCAGAGCCGUGUGUCGCUUAUUUUAAAUAGGGGUGAAGCAGAUCUUGAACAAUUUGUUAACCUGCUAGAACGCCUUGUUCAGUCAAAUUUAAACGUGCUAGCAGAUAGGACCCUCGAACUUGUAGUACAAUUAGUCCGGCCACCCCAAGGAGGCGGCGGGCAGAGACGUAAACUCGAUAGCCUGAUGCAGUCCGAAAUCAUAAGCAAUAAAAAGGCCUACCUCAUAAUCGUUCACAAUCAUGGUAAUAAGCUAUGCUUUGCCAUAGGUUUGGCCCACUUACUCAGCCCAGGAUGUACAGAGCGCGAAGCGUUACAGAAAGCUCAAGAGCUACAAAAGGCUGUGGGUUUAGGUAUACAGGAUGCUGUGGCUUUCUCAGACAUAGGCAAAUUUGAAAACUUUCUGAAUAUCAAGAUUGUGGUUUUGUACCACAGCAGGGCUAAUGACGCGCUCCUGAAGUUCCAAAAUAUACAAGAGCCACACCCUAAGACUAUGUACUUUUAUGUGCAAAAUGAGCAUUACUAUGCCGUAACUAACAUCACAGCAUUUUUAGGCGCCCCAUAUGUCUGUCCAGCCUGUCAUACCGGCUACACCCGCAAGGGGGGGCACUCGUGCCGUUAUAACUGUUCAGUAUGUCUGGAUAAACAUUGCCCUAUGCAACCGCUAAACUUGACACCCUGUGAGGAUUGUCACCGCACAUGUCGUUCAGCCUACUGUUACGAAAAACACAAAACUGAAACAUGGCACCCCAAGGCCUGUAAAUCUGUAAGCAUUUGUGACAUUAACAAGAAAUGUCCAAAAUGCCAUUGCAAUUACAACCUUAAAAUAGACAGCCCUAAACCCCAUGUUUGUGGAAUCAUACAUUGCCCAAUCUGUAAAGGGCCCUUGAAAAGCAGAGACGCAGAAGUUGUUCAAGAAGUACCACAUGAGUGCUACAUUCAGCCCCUGGCUGAAGAUGAACAUACAGAGAAAUAUGUUUUUUAUGAUUUUGAGACAAAUCAGCAAUCAGGGGUUCACUUGCCUAUUUUUGUAUCUACCAUGACUUUCAACGGUGAAAAGUGGUCGGCCGAGGGGCCCGAUUGCGCCCGACUCUUUCUAAAACAUUUUAGAAAGGCCCAGUACAGAAACUUCACGUUUAUAGCACACAAUGCGCGCGCCUAUGACUCCUAUCUGCUUCUGAACCCUUUGAUACAGCAAGGCGUGGCGCCCAGUGUCAUUGCUCAAGGGAGUAAAAUCUUAUGUUUUGUUGACCACGCCUUCAAACAGAGAUACAUUGACAGUUUAAGCUUCUUACCCAUGAGAUUGGCUCAAAUGCCAGAGGCCUUGGGUUUUGAAAACUCGGUCAAAGGCUAUUUCCCCCACUUCUUCACAUCUGACGAGAAUCUACAUUAUAUAGGAGCUUAUCCAGCCCCCGAAAUGUACGGUUGUGAUCAAAUGUCUACCAAAGAGCGUGAGAAAUUCAUGACUUGGUACGAGACAGUAAGACAUGGAACUUUUGAUUUUCAUAAAGAGAUGGAAUCAUACUGUGACAAUGACGUGGUUAUACUACGUGAAGGAUGCCUCAGAUUCCGAGAAGAGGUAAUCAAAGAUGCAGGCAUUGACCCCUGGAGCUGUACAACUAUUGCAUCCGCGUGCAUGAAAACCUAUCGUACACACUAUCUAACUCCAGCCUCUAUAGCGAUCCCAUCGCCAGACAACUACCGACGACAAUUCAAGGCCUACUCUAGUGGCUCCAUUCAAUGGUUGGAGUACCUAGCCCAGGAUAAAAAUGUUUUUAUCCAACAUGCUUUGAAUCGGGGCGAGAAGGCUUUUGGGCCUUACCAUGUAGAUGGAUACACACAGAUUGACGGUGUUGAGACAGUGUAUGAGUACAACGGUUGUUUCUUCCACGGUUGUAAAUUAUGCUUUGUCCCCCAGGCCAUGUGUGUCCUAACCCAAAAGACUUUUGGGGAAAUGUACCAAGAGUUCCAAGACAAACUGAAUUCUUUAAAGGCUACAUACGGGUUAAAAGUGGUGGUUUUGUGGGAACACGAAUGGACAGCCCUGAAAAAGGCGGAUCCUCAUGUUCAGGCCUUCCUUACCCAAUAUGACCCUCCAGAGCCCCUGGAACCGAGACAGGCCUUGUUUGGAGGCAGGACCAAUGCUUUGACAUUGCGUUAUGUAGCUCAACCCGACGAGACAAUAGGUUAUGUAGAUUUUACAUCCCUAUAUCCUCAUGUAAUGAGUUCCUCAUGCUAUCCUAUAGGGCAUCCUGAAAUUAUUCACAGCGACUUUGACGAACCCCAAAAUUAUUUUGGUUUAAUCAAAGCGACUGUCUACCCUCCUAGGGGUCUGUUUAUACCUGUGCUGCCUUACAAGGGGUCUAAAGGAAAACUUUUCUUUCCCCUUUGUCGCACAUGCUGUGAAAACAACAACCAGGAAAACCCAUGUGAUCACUCAGAUCAAGAAAGAGCCCUGACAGGUGUCUGGGUCACCGUUGAAUUCUCUAAGGCUUUGGAGAAGGGGUAUCGUGUGGCCAAAAUCUUUGAAGUGUGGAACUUUUCCAGGAAAUCAGACACACUUUUUAAAGAGUACAUCAAGACCUUCUUGAGAUGCAAGCAGAUGGCUUCAGGCUAUCCAGCAUCGGUUACAGAUGAAGAAAGUAAAGAGAAGUACAUUCAAGACUACCAUGACAGAGAAGGCAUACUUCUUGACCCUGACAGAAUACAGGUCAACAAAACCAAAAGAAAUGUUUCGAAAUUGUACUUGAACUCCCUUUGGGGGAAGUUAGCGCAGAGAAGCAAUAUGCUAACAACUUCGAUCAUUAAAGACCCGGAAGAAUUUUUGGAAUUUGUUUUUUCGGACCAAUACGAAAUUUCACAUUUUUCAUUCUUGAGUCAAGACAUUGCCUUGGUGCAAUGGCGGCGCAACCCAAAGUGGGUUCUACCCCCAGGUAAUGUAAAUGUGUUUCUUGCAGCAUUUACCACAGCCUAUGCCCGACUUGAACUGUACACCCUCAUGGAACAGCUUCAGCGGCGGGUUCUUUACCACGACACAGACUCUGUGGUCUAUGUAAGCAAGCCGGGGGAUUGGAACCCCCCACUCAGCAACUAUCUUGGGGGUUUAACUAGUGAACUCGCCGAGGGUGACCAUAUCACAGAAUGGUCCUCAUGUGGGCCCAAAAGCUAUGCUUUUAGGACUAAAGACAAUCACGUGGUGUUGAAAGCCAAAGGCGUGACUCAAAACUACGAAAAUGCCCCGCGUGUAAACUUGGAAUCAAUCACGCGCUUGGUCGACGGGUUCGUAAAUGACAAGAAUAGUGACUUGGAGAUUUUGACCUCCUACAACAAAAUAGUGAGGGAUAAAAAGGGGUUCCAUCUAAGAAACGCCCCACUCACUAAAAGAUUCAGGGUAGUCUAUGACAAGAGACGGCUAUUGCCUGACGGUACCACAUUGCCCUUUGGCUACUGACUUAGGCUACAAGCCCCAGUGUGUCUUAAAGGUUAAGAUAUAAUGACGGCUGUCGAGGAUUUUGACCCCCGUUUAAAACUGCCCUUUUCGGCCUUAAUUGCAGGCCCAUCAAACAGUGGUAAAACUUUUUUUGUAAAAAGUAUUUUAGAGAAUUCUGAACAUGUGUUAUCUCAAAAGCCUGACAAUAUUGUAUGGUGUUAUUCCUGUUACCAACCUCUGUAUGAUGAAUUAUUGAAGACAAUAAAAAUCAAGUUUGUUGAAGGAA